AUGCAUAGUUAUUCUCAACGUCAUGCUGAUGAUAUCAAUGAAGAUAAUUUUGAUGAUGAUACAACUCAUCAGUUAAAUAAUUCUUCAUCAGAUAUCAAACUUCGGCGAACAAAUACAGAUUCAUUGAAUUAUCCAAUAUUACAUCGAGCUCUAUCAACUGUAUCUGCAAAUCAAACAUUAGUAUAUAAUCAACGCAAUGUUUUAGCAAAAAAUUUUCGCCGAAUUUCGAUUAAUGAUGAAAUUGUUACCAUUGAUCAUAAUGAUGCUGAUGCGUCAUUUUUAUUACCAAAUCUAUAUGAAUUACCCGAUGAUAUUCGUACUCGUGUUAUGGAUAGUCUUGUUGAUACAACAACAAUGACAACAUUGGAAGAAACAAGACGUCUCAAUUGGUGGGUUAAUAAAAAAUUAACUUGUCCAAAAUUAUAUCCUCUUUUAACAAGUGGAGAUGGAAAUUGUUUAUUGCAUGCGACAUCACUUGCUAUGUGGGGUUUUCAUGAUCAUUCAUUAUCAAUGCGUAAAGCAUUGAAUGAAACAAUGAUUACAUCAAAACCAAAUAAUUCACUUUAUCGACGUUGGCGUUGGACACAAUCAGUACAAAAUAAAAAAUAUGGUCUUGUUUUUUCUGAACAAGAAUGGAAUGAUGAAUGGAAAAGUUUAUUAAGAUUAUCAUCUGCUGAACCACGUGUUUCACAAAAGAGUUCGUCAAAUUCAAAUAAAAAUUCUUCUGAUUCAAAUGUUUCUAAUGAUGAAGUCAAUCGUUAUAAAUCAUCACAAACUGGAACACCAACAAGUACAGGUGGUUCAACAAAAUCUUCAUCACCAUCAACAAGACAAUAUUAUGAAAGUUUAGAAGAAUUUCAUGUUUAUGUAUUAGCUAAUAAUAUACGUCGACCAAUCGUCGUCUAUUCAGAUACAAUAUUGCGAACAAAUGAUGGUGAAGCUAUUUCACCAAUUGAAUUCGGAGGGAUUUAUUUACCAUUAGAAAUUCCGCCUGAAAAAUGUCACAAGCAACCGGUAUUUCUUGCAUUUGAUGCUGCACAUUUUUCAGCACUUGUACCUAUGGAACAAAAUCCUAAACAAACAUCAAGAGCUACUUAUCGAAUUCCUUUAAUCGAUAUUGAUGCAACUGAUCUUUUACCAAUACAUUAUUUUAUUGAUCCUGGUCCAAAUUUUGUAUGGCCAGUCGAUGAAGAAUUAUCCGAUGAAAAAAUUCAUCUAUAUACACAUUAUGGUGAAAGUCGGAUGGAAACACUUGAAAAAUAUUUAAGUCUAUCGAAAGAAUUAUGUCCAUUAAAUAUUUUAAUAUUACCAUCAACACCAAAUAAUAAUUUGCAUGAUGAUAUAACAUUAACAAUUGAUAAUAAUCCAUCAUCAACAAUAAAUAUAGAUAUAUCAACAUCAACAAAUGAAACAAGUUCAACUAUACCAACAAUAAUUAAUAAAAAAUCAUCUCGUCCAUCAUUUAAUUCAUUUUCAAAAAUUAUUCGUCGAACAUUUAUUGAACCAUUUUCAUCGGUUAAACGUGCUUCACUUAAACAACAACGGCAACAUACUAAUUCAGAAAUUUCAGAUACAGUUAUAAAUAAUGAAAAUGAACAUAUACGUCGUGCAUCAUCACCAUUACUUGAUCGUCGAACAAAUAUAUUAACAAUAAUUGUUACAAAUUUUCAACCAAAACGACCUAAAACAUGCGAUAAUAUGAUUAAAAAUUAUAUUGAUGCAUGUAUGAAUGAAUAUCGUCUUGAAAAAAAUUCUAAACAAAUCAAUGCAAUGUCUGUAAAUAUAAAUGAAAAUAAUUCAAUUAAUAAUAAUCAUUCAGAUUGGAAUAAUGAUUUAUCCUCAUCUUCUUCUCCUCAACAACCUAUUGUCGAUCAUCGUUAUCAAUCAUCAACAAAUACAAAUCGAUAUAAACAAAUGAUUCCUUCAAUAACAAAUACAAAUCAAAAGCUGAUUGAAACAUCAGGACGAAAAUUACCUGCGGUACCAAUAAGCUCAACCAAUAAAGUCAAUCCGUUAACAAAAAAUGUUCAAAAAAAUCAUGUUAUUGAUGACAACGAUGAUCUCUUACCUAUGGAGAAUGGUCAAUUUUCAUCAAACAUUAAUUAUGUACAACAAACCCAGCGAAAACCAAAUCAAUUAACACAAAGCAAUAGUCUUGAAAUGUCUUAUGGUCGACAUCAUUAUCCUGAAUCUUAUGUAAAUGGUCUCUCAUCAAAUCGAUCAAUAAAGGUAAGUCCUGCAGAAGAAUUACCAACAAAUCGUCCAACUUCUAAUGCAUUGUCAUUAAAACUUCAAACAGCAUUUCUUAAACGUCAACAAUCAUUAGGUUAUGAUAAAAAUAUUAAUAUUCAACUCACACCUGAAUCAAAUAUAAACAAUCGUGGCUCAAUUAAAAAAAAGCAUACUACUACUACUAAUAAUCAAUCAAAAUGA